UUUGCUCAGAACAUUGCUAAUCUCUCCACUCACACGUUCCUUAUUUCAUUUGUUUCCAUAGCUUUUGCCAAACCUUGCGACUCUCUUAACUCACUCUUCUGCUAUGUUUUCUUCCUUUCGAAGGAGGCCAAAAGCAGCAGACAUCAAUGGACGAGACACGAUAAAGCCUUCGCCGUCGCUCCCAGAACUACAUGCACAGGGUAUACCAUGGCCUGAAAACCUCGUCGACGUAGCUGCCAUACGCCAACAAACCUCCCCGUCCCUCCAUCAAUCCCAGGAAGACAGCAGCCGCCUCCCCCACCAAGGCGCCGUCAAAUCCUCGCUGCAGUCCUCCGACAGUGGUGCCCCGAUCCCAUUCCACAAACCGUUUCGGGUGUACUCAGGGAACGCGGGAGAUGUGACGCCGAAUGGGGGCGGGACGAUAUCGUCGUUGUAUAUGUCGCAUCCGCCCUCUGCGUUUGAUAACUGGAGGAUGUCGUCCUCGGCGCACCGCGUGGCCUCUGCGCGCAUUGCGCCCAGUCUGCGCAAGAACCGGCUGCCUUCGACGUUUAAUAUCAUGGUUGUGGGCGGGCGAGGGACGGGAAAGACGUCUCUGCUGCGUCUCCUCCUCGAGACGGCCGAUAUAUCACCAACAGCGACAGACGACCAACGAGCCGUCGUCGACCGAUUCAUGCGCGACAGCCUCAAACGCACACACCACAUCGACACCGCCUGCGUCGAAAUUUGCGAGUCCCGCCACGACAGGGUGUUGCUCACCGUGAUCGACACGCCAGGUCUUGAUUUUAGCGAGGGCAGAGAGCUGAGAGUCGAGCGUCAGGUGACGGAUAUUGUGAAAUACCUUGAUGUGCAGUAUGCGGAUACGAUGAAUGAGGAAUCGAAAGUGGUGAGACAGAAUAAAGGCGAUCGACAUGUACAUCUUUGUAUAUUUAUGGUAGACCCUUCGACUAUCAUGACUACUUCAGCCCGACGUUCUCAGUCGUCACUACCCACCAAAACUCGCUCAGAGGCUACCAUAUCCUACCGCCCUCCAGACGGCACGUUCGAACCAGACGAAGGAUCCGACUCAGACUCAGAGUCCUCUUCCGAACUCUCCAUGUCCCCCGCCGAAAUCCGCGUCAUCCGUCGCCUCUCGGCUCGCGUGAACGUGCUCCCCGUCAUCGCUCGUGCAGACUCACUCACCGACGACACGUUGUCCGAGGUGAAGAAGGCGGUGAGAAAGGGGCUACACGAGGCUGGCCUUGACUUUGGCGUCUUUACCGCAUCGAAGCAGAAAGGCGAAGAGGGGGAGAAGGGGCUUGUGAAUGGGGUUGGACAUGAAAAUGGAAGUGCCAACGCGAAUGCGAAUGGAAAUGAGGUGGCGAACGGGAGUGGGAGUGGUAAUGGGAAUGGCCAUAAUGGACAUGUAGCUAGCGAGGAGGAGCCGGCUCGAAAGACGCGUCCAGUCAUAAAACUACGAGGCUUCCGCCUCUCCCGAUCUCGAUCACGCUCACGGAGAGACUUGUCGUCAGUCGUACACGAUGACAGCGAACCAUACUACCCCGAUGACACAGAUCGAGAAAGCGUAGCGAGCGUUCGGUUCUCGGCACACGUCGUUGCGAAAGCAGACAUGAACACCCUCCUGCCCUUUGCCCUGAUCACGCCUGAGCAUUCAAGCACUCCACGGCCCAAGCGACCACGGCCUACGUCUGUUUCUAGUAGCCCACCGGAGGACCUCAGGGGCGUGUUUACGAGGAAGUUCAGGUGGGGGACUAUUGACGUACUCAACCCGGAACACUGCGAUUUCGCAGCGCUCCGAACAGCUGUUCUAUUGACUCAUCUCAAGAUCCUCAAGAUCCAUACUCGUGAGGUGUUGUACGAGAAGUACAGGACCGAAAAGUUGCUGGCUAGGCGUGCGACACGUAACAUUGGGCCGGAAGAGACAAAACGGUUGUUCGAAGCGAGGCAAUUUGAUUCGGCUUGA